CAUGAGAACACGGAAGUGAAAGGAAGUUGCUGUGCUUUUGAUGAUCGAGGUGCCAUUUCAGAGGACAAAGAAACAUCUGCAAAUAUUGUCAUUAUUCAAGUUCAUGAAAGACUAUGGCAUCUGAGUUGCUGCUUCAUACUCUAGAAGACCUGGAAGAACGUGAUCUGAAGAAAUUUAAGUGGUUCUUAAGGCAAUAUGGAGCCGUAGAAGCUAGUAAACUGGAGAAGGCGGAUUUCACUGAUAUAGUGGAUAUAAUGAUGGAGUGUUUUGGACUGGAAGAAGCUGUGCAGAAAACACUGAACAUCCUGAGGAAGAUGAACCAGAACCAGCUGGCUGAAGACUUACAGAACAAAUGGACUGACGUGCAAAAAUCGGGAUCAGCUGAGAAACAAGAUUUCUGGCUGCAGCAAUUCAUGAAAACUCACAAAAUGAACAUGAAGGAGAAAGUAGAACACAUUUUUGAGGGUAAAAGGGAAAAUGAAGUACAUCUCAAGGAUGUUUUCACAGAACUCUUCAUUACGGAGGGCGAUCUUAAAGAAGUAAAUCAAGAACAUGAGAUUUUGCAGAUUGAUACAGCCAUUAAACCCUAUAAAACACAGGACAGGCCAAUCAAAUGCAAUGAGGUAUAAUCUGAAAAAAAAAAGAAAAAGAUUGUGCUGACCAAAGGUGUCGCUGGCAUUGGAAAAACUGUCUCAGUGCACAAGUUCAUUCUGGACUGGGCAGAAGAAGAAGCCAAUCAGGAUAUAGACUGUGUUUUCCUGCUUCCAUUCCGAAAGAUAAACUGCAUUAAAGACAAAGAGAUCAGUCUGCAUGAGUUUCUACAGCGAUUUAAUCCUGAACUGAAGAAAAUGGAAACAGCAAAGAUGCGUCAGAUAUAUACUUGUAAGCUUGCAUUUAUUUUUGAUGGACUGGAUGAGAGUCAACUCCCUUUGGAUUUUUGCAGUGAAACGGUGACAAAUUUUGAGGAGCGAACAUCUGUAGAUGGACUGUUUACAAGUCUGGUGAACGGUUCUCUGCUUCCAUCAGCUCACGUCUGGGUGACAUCACGACCAGCAGCAGCCAAUCAGAUCCCUUUGGAGUUUGUAGGGUUGUUCACCGAGGUGCGAGGAUUCACUGACCAGCAGAAGAAAGAGUAUUUCAAAAAGAGAAUCAAAGAUACGACUCAGGCCUCCAGAAUGAUCUCACACAUUAUGAAAUCUCGUAGUCUCUACAUCAUGUGCUACAUUCCCGUGUUCUGUUGGAUCACAGCCACUGUUCUUCAGGACGCCCCUAUUGGGAAUGAUGCCGAAAACAUUAACACGACACUCACUGAAAUGUACAUCCACUUCCUGUUGAUACAGAUGAACAUGAAGAACCAGAAGCAUGACAAAACAACAGAAAGAGAUCGUACCAAGCUCUUAGAUUCCAAUAAAACAAUGAUUUUGAAGUUAGCUAAGCUAGCGUUUGAACAGCUGAAAAAGGAAAAAAUAGUGUUCUAUGAGGAAGAUCUGAAAGCAUGUGGUAUUGAUGUGGGUAAAGACUUUGAGUCCACAGGAAUGCUGACUGAGAUAUUUCAGCAAGAAGUUGGACUUCAUGAAAACAAGGUCUUCUGCUUCAUGCAUCUGAGCGUUCAAGAGUUCCUCGCUGCCGUCCACGUGUUCCUCUGCUACCUGAACAAGAACAUGGACGAGCUGCAGUUUUUCCUUGAAACACAAUUCGAGGUCAGGCCUGACCACAUCGACAAGCCAGACACAAAUAUUACUUUAGAUUACUUACUAAAGAAGGCUGUUGAGAAAGCAAUGAAAAGUCAGAAAGGACAUUUAGACCUAUUUUUGCGGUUUCUGCUCGGCAUUUCUCUGGAAUCGAAUCAUAAACUGUUCAAAGGCCUGUUCACGGUCACUGAAGACAACAAAGAAAGCGUCACAGAAAUAACCAAACACAUUAAAGAACAAUUACAAAGCUAUGACGACAUUUUAUCUGAAACUUCAGUCAACCUGUUCUACUGCUUACUGGAGCUCAAUGACAAUUCAUUAUAUACAGAAAUACAAAAACACUUCACAUCAUAUCCAGAAAGAGAGCUCUCGCCUUCCAUGUACUCAUUAAUUGCUUACGUUCUGCUGAUGUCAGAGGAGGUGCUAGAUGAGCUCGACCUGAGUAUGUACAUGAGUAAAUCAACUGGAAGACACACGAGGAUGUACAGAUCAUGGGGAGGUCACAUGAAUCUCCUGCCAGCUGUGAGAUUCUGCAGAAAAGCAAAACUCUCCUCCUGUGAUCUCACUGACAAAUGCUGUGAAACUGUGGCUUUGGCCCUGCAGACCCCAAACUCACCCCUGAGAGAGUUGGACAUGAGUGGCAAUGACCUGCAUGACUCAGGAGUGAAGCUGCUCUCUGAUGGACUGAAGAGCCCAAACUGUCAGCUGGAGAUACUGAGAUUAUGUGAAUGUGAUGUGAGAGAGGAAGGCUGUGGUUAUCUGGCUUCAGCUCUGCGAUCAAACCCCUCACACCUGAGAGAGCUGGAUCUGAGGGACAAUCGUCUGGGAGAAUCAGGAGUCAAGAUGCUCUCUGAUUUACUGAAGGAUCCAAACUGUGCACUGAAUAAACUGGAUACUGAGCAAAAGACUAUGGCGUCUGAGUUGCUGCUUCAUACUCUAGAAGACCUGGAAGAACGUGAUCUGAAGAAAUUUAAGUGGUUCUUAAGGCAAUAUGGAGCCGUAGGAGCUGGUAAACUGGAGAAGGCGGAUGUCACUGAUAUAGUGGAUAUAAUGAUGGAGUGUUUUGGACUGGAAGAAGCUGUGAAGAAAACACUGGACAUCCUGGGGGAGAUGAACCAGAACCAGCUGGCUGAAGACUUACAGAACAAAUGGACUGACGUGCAAGAAUCAUCAGAAGCAGCCGAGAAACACACAAGAAAACAAGAUUUCUGGCUCCAGGAAUUCUUGAAAACUCACAAAAUGAACAUGAAGGAGAAAGUAGAACACAUUUUUGAGGGUAAAAGGGAAAAUGAAGUACAUCUCAAGGAUGUUUUCACAGAACUCUUCAUUACGGAGGGCGAUCUUAAAGAAGUAAAUCAAGAACAUGAGAUUCUGCAGAUUGAUACAGCCAUUAAACCCUAUAAAUCACAGGACAGGCCAAUCAAAUGCAACGAUAUAUUUAGUCUGAACAAAAAUAAGAAAAAGAUUGUGUUAACUAAAGGCAUUGCUGGCAUUGGAAAAACGGUCUCAGUGCACAAGUUCAUUCUGGACUGGGCAGAAGGAAAAGCCAAUCAGGAUAUAGACUGUGUUUUCCUGCUUCCAUUCCGAAAGAUAAACUGCAUUAAAGACAGAGAGAUCAGUCUGCAUGAGUUUCUACAGAGAUUUAAUCCUGAACUGAAUGACCUGGAAACAGCAAAGAUAUGUAAGAUAUAUGAUAGGAAGCUUGCGUUUAUCUUUGAUGGACUGGAUGAGAGUCGGCCUUUGGAUUUUUGCAGUGGCACGGUGACGAGUGUUGAGGAGCAAACAUCUGUAGAUGAACUGUUUACAAAUCUUGUGAACGGGACUCUGCUUUCAUCAGCUCACGUCUGGGUGACAUCACGACCAGCAGCAGCCAACCAGAUCCCUCCCGAGUUUGUAGGGUUGUUCACCGAGGUGCGAGGAUUCAAUGACCAGCAGAAGGAGGAGUAUUUCAAAAAGAGAAUCAAAAAUACGACUCAGGCCUCCAGAAUGAUCUCACACAUCAAGAAAUCUCUUAGUCUCUACAUCAUGUGCUACAUUCCCGUCUUCUGUUGGAUCACAGCCACUGUUCUUCAGGACGCCCCUAUGGGGAACAAUGCAAAGUACAUCUACACAACACUCACUGAAAUGUACAUCCACUUCCUGGUGAUACAGAUGAACAUGAAGAACCAGAAGCAUGACAAAAAAACAGAAAGAGAACGUACCAAGUUCUUAGAUUCCAAUAAAACAAUGAUUUUGAAGUUAGCUAAGCUAGCGUUUGAACAGCUGAAGGAGGAAAAAAUAGUGUUCUAUGAGGAAGAUCUGAAAGCAUGUGGUAUUGAUGUGGGUAAAGACUUUGAGUCCACAGGAAUGCUGACUGAGAUAUUUCAGCAAGAAGCUGGACUUCAUGAGAUGAAGGUCUUCUGCUUUGUGCAUCUGAGCGUUCAAGAGUUCCUCGCUGCCGUCCACGUGUUCCUCUGCUACCUGAACAAGAACAUGGACGAGCUGCAGUUUUUCCUUAGAAAAACACCAUUCAACAUUGACAAGCCAGUCAAAAAUAUUGCUUUAUAUGAUUUACUAAAGAAGGCUGUUGAGAAAGCAAUGAAAAGUCAGAAAGGACAUUUAGACCUUUUUUUACGUUUUCUGCUGGGCAUUUCACUGGAAUCAAAUCAGAAACUGCUCAGCGGCCUGUUCACACUCACUGAAAAGAGCAUAGAAAGCGUCACAGAAAUAACCAAACGCAUUAAAGAACAAUUACAAAGCUAUAAGAGCAAUUCCAUCUCACCUGAAACUUCAGUCAACCUGUUCUACUGCUUACUGGAGCUCAAUGACAAUUUAUUAUAUACAGAAAUACACAGAUACUUCAAAUCAUCUCCAGAAAGAAAGCUCUCGUCCUCCAUGUACUCACUGAUGGCUUAUGUACUUCUGAUGUCAGAGGAGGUGCUGGAGGAGCUCAAUCUGAGUAUGUACAGGACAUCAGGGGGAGGCCGCCUGAAUCUCCUGCCAGCUGUGAGAUGCUGCAGAAAAGCAACACUCUCCAACUGUUCUCUCGAUGACACCUGCUGUGAAACUGUGGCUUUGGCCCUGCAGACCCCAAACUCACCUCUGAUAGAGCUGAACAUGAGUGAAAAUAACGUGAAAGAUUUAGGAGUGAAGCUGCUCUCUGAUGGAUUAAAGAGCCCAAACUGUCACCUGAAGAUACUGAGAUUGUGGCGCUGUAAUGUGACAGGAGAAGGCUGUGGUUAUCUGGCUUCAGCUCUGUGUUCAAACCCCUCACACCUGAGAGAGCUGGAUCUGAGCCUCAAUCAUCUGAGAGACUCAGGAGUGAAGAUGCUUUCUGAUUUACUGAAGGAUCCAAACUGUGCACUGAAUAAACUCAGAUUACGGCGCUGUAAGGUGACAGGAGAAGGAUGUGGUUAUCUGGCUUCAGCUCUGCGUUCAAACCCCUCACACCUGAAAGAGCUGGAUCUGAGAUUCAAUCGUCUGGGAGGAUCAGGAGUCAAGAUGCUCUCUGAUUUACUGAAGGAUCCAAACUGUGCACUGAACAAACUGUAUACUGAGCAGUAAGAUUUAUCUCAUGGAGCUGCAUGGAGGAAAAUCAUGUUUAUUUACUUUAUUACAAUAUCAAGGAGUAGGCCUUCUGAAAAAGAUAGUUCAUGCAAACAUUUAAGAUCUGUCAUUAUUUACUCUCCUUCACGUCAUCCAAACCUGCCUACCUUAAUUCUGCUGAAUUAUAGUCAGGCCCAUGUGUCUGUGUGUGGGGCCUGUAACUUGAAACUAAUGCUGGUCAAGAUGGACCAAUCAUAGUCCUCUAUGAGCCAUUGUACUGAUAUUAAUGUAUACAGUGUUGAGACUCUCUCUCUCACACACACACACACACACACACA